UUUUCUGGUGGGAAAAUGGCAAUGUCCCUUCUGCUGGCACUUUCUCUUCUUGGUGUUGCCACUGUGACUUCGCAGACUUGCGAUACUGGAUGGCAACUAUUCAGUCGGCCUUCUGGAGAAUGGUGUGUCAAGGCAUUCGCAGGAGCUUACACUCAACCUCUAGCUCAAGCACAGUGUAUUUCUGCUGGGGCGAUACUUUCAGGAGUUCAGGGACACAAUGAAGCUGCUGCUUUUUCGAACCUUGGCCUUACAUCCCUUGGUAAUCAAUCUGGAUCAUUUUGGAUCGGAGCCCAUAGAAUCACUACUUGUAUGACACAAAUCAUCACCGCUCAAUGCACACCAACCAACUCUUUCUCCUGGACCGACAACUCUGCAACUAGAACCGAUGGUUUCGUCUGGGAAACUCAACAACCAGACAACUCGGAUUUCAACUCAUCAUGUGCAGUAAUUCUCGCAGCGAAUGUUCCAGUUAUGGCGGCGCAACGUUGGUGGUCGCCGAGCAAGUUAGACGAUCAUGUGUGCGGUUAUGUUGAUGAGGAUGUUUCUAACCCGAGACGUGUUCGUGGAUACAUUUGUGGAAAGUUUGCGACCUAAUUGAGAAGCCUAAUUGAGUUGAAAAAUAAAGGAUUGCAAAAGGAUUACAAAUAAAGUUCAUAUAAGCA